GUGAUAUGUUACUUGGUUUAACCUGCUGGUUUCCAAUGGAGUUAGCUGAUAAAUCGAGAUCAAUUAGAGGUCACAACUAAGCUGCCAUUUUGGAGUUUUGUCUGUUCAGAUAAAAUCCCACGAGAUGGCACCGGAUGUUGCUCGCUUCAUAAGUUUGUCUUUCCUGGAAAUACACGGUCUCCAGAAUCGGAAGAGAUGUAUGCUUUUACUGUGGGUUUGCGUAUUUAUGCUUUGUGCUGUGUCAUCCGGAUUGCAAUACUAUCCUCCUGGAAGGCGAUGGCGUUCACUAGCCCCCUGUGCUUGGCUCGAACGAGGAGGUAUAUUCGAUAUGCCGAAAUAUCACACUGGUAAAGGACCUUUAAUUCAGCGCCGUCAAACUUGUCAUGGGCGAAUAAAAUGUCCACUGACUUGGCUUCCAACCCAAGAUACGCAGUCAAUUACAUUCAAACUGGUUGGAACAGACGAUAUGCGAGAUUAUGAAUUUCAAGCACACUUCUGUUCUCCCAUCUACGCAUUUCAUCACCGUUAUUGCACGGGUGCGGAGGCCGAAAUCGCUUUUGAGCUUCGCCAAACCGGAACGUGGUUAAUGCUGGACCGUGUCAACUGUCGAUGUCUUGGUGUUGCCGACGUCGAACGAUACGGAUACAGCAAAGGCGUACUUCCAAAAGACAAAGUUUUCCGCGGAAAUUACAUUCAAAUGACUUGCGCGAAACGGCCCACAUGCACUGAAGACCAAUUCUGCUAUGUGGAAACACCAAGCACGAAUGGAUAUAUCUACGGAGGCCAAGUGCCAUGCAUAUGUCCCAAAGAACACUACUGCCCCCUGUAUUUCAUUCGCGAUAAACGAAUUCCCCAGAAGAAUCAAGAAGGGCGAAUAGUCAGUUAUGGGUUGCGGUGCAAGCGUCGAUUAUACUGACUUGCUCUCAGUGGAUAACAGGCAUCGAUUCAUUCUGGAACCCAACGUUUGGCAGUCGUGAUAAUACUGAAUAUCUAGUGUCGACGAUUAUCACUAUUUGUGUUCCCGAUGACUUCAUUUGAAACUCUGACGUCUCCUCCGUACAAGUGUUGUUUAUGACACUUAUGUCCGUCGACAAUAAACCAAGUGAACU